AUGAGACAAAGUGUUGGAGUGAUGAGGAAUAAAACUCAUUUACUAUUCAAGUACAAGGAGGAAUAGAAGCAAUAAGCCAAUAGAUUCAAGAAAGCCAAUGAUCUUCACAUAUCAAAACCAAAUACAUUGUUAUUAGACAGUUCCGGUGAGUCGACAGCCAGCAAUUUCUCAAUUGAAAUGCAGGCUCACAAUAAGGGUUUGCCAUCUGAAUGGGCCAGUCAUUACGAGGAUUGUCUUGACAAAAUCAAACAAGUACAGGAGAUACUUAAGGAACUUCAAUUACUGGGAUCGAAAAGAUUGAAGAUGCAAUUUGGAGAUGCCACAGCUUUGGAGAAACUGAUAUACGAAAACAAUUAGAAAGCGACAUAAAAAAUUAUGGAAUGUGAGAAAAACACAGAAUUGAUUGCCAAUUAUAGUAGUGAAAAGGAAACACCAAGUGACCAGAGAAUCCGAAUGAAUAUCAAUAGGGCGUUGGCAUAAUAAAUCUAGGAAUUAACUAAUGCGUUGAGAAAUCAAUAGAAGAGAAUGGUCACUAUGAUCAAGUAAAUUAACAAAGACGAUGGAGCAAAUUUCUUGAAAUUAAGUGAGCAAAAACAAUAAGAAAUGAAGGUCGCCGAUGAUGAGCUUACCCAAGCAGAAGAGUAGAUGUACGAUGACAUCAUUUGCGAGAGAGACUAAGAAAUCAACAAACUUGUUACUAUGAUUAACGAGUUGGCUGAAGUGUUCAAAUCAUUAAAUUAAUUGGUGAUUGAUCAAGGCACUAUUUUAGAUAGAAUCGAUUACAAUAUUGAUUAAGCUGUAUUCAAUGUCAAGAAAGCCAACGAAGAAUUGAAAAAAGCUGAAGAUUACUAGAACUCUCCUUUAGCAAAACGAUGCAUUAUAAUACUUGUUAUUAUGAUUGCUAUUUGCAGCAUCCUAUUAACAAUAAAAUAUUCAAGUUGAAGUCAUUAUUUAUUAUUAUUAUAUCAAAUACAUUUG